GCCAACGAUUACGUUAUGACGUACUUGCUGAUAUUGUGCACCACCCUAGCGGUGACCAUUGGCCAAGUAUAUUCGCAGGAGAGAACUUCGCGAGAAGAGGUAGGUACGUUCAUUCAAAACAAGAACGUGAACAUCAUCGUGAAUCUGGAUCCACAGGAAGUUGCUAAGGAAUUAUGGAAGGUGAUAGAAACACGUUUGACCAAUCGUACUAGCAAUAUCUCCAGUUAAAAUGCUAUCAAAGAGCUUGAAAAAACUGUGCAACCCCUCAUAUCACCCACCAGGAGGGUGGGAACACCAUCUGCUUUCCAAGUGGCAAGCCAAUUUGAUAAGAUCGCACGAAGAGCGCUCACCAGAGAUAAGCCGAGCAUGAAUGGGCUGGACGAGGAAAUAAUGACGAGAGACAUCGUGGCGGACAUGAUGACUUCCCUGAAGAUAAUCAUCUCGCAAACAGUCCAGUUGAAACUCGACGAGGCGGGUGUGUCUAACAGAAGAUCAAUACACAGUCCUGCGAAGAUCGACGAAGAUGACGAAGACAAUUACGUGAAUGUCAGAAUUAAGAUUCGUAGAAAAGAUAUUGUCGACGCGAUUCAUUAAUUUCAACGUCACAUCUUACUUUUCAAAAGGAAAAACUAUUUGGCCGAAAAAUAUUUGUAAAAAUCAAUUAUAUCGAAAUAAUUAAUCA